GGGAGAUCAUAGUGAUGUCAGGGCAGGGAGGGCUUACCACAGGAGAUAAGGCCAGCUAAUGGAGAUGAAAUGAAUCGGUAUUUAAAAGGUCUUUUUUAGUUAAGGCACUUGUCUGGCAGCAGACCAGUUGGCAGGUCAGCGGGAUGCUGUUUAGCUGGAAGUGAAGGAGGAACAGUCUUCACAGGUUCUGCUGGAUUUCACAAAGCGUUGUAUACUUCUCUUGUUCUUAUCUGAACUGAGGAAAGAAGACAACUCCAUCUUCUUCUCACCGGCGCAAACUCGAAGGUGAAAGGCAGUCUGUCUGUCUGUAAUGACCCCACGGGAGCAGAUGAGGAAGAUGACGGCACUGGGAGAGCAGGGGACUCUGGAUGAGAAACACUGGUAUCGGCUGGUCAACGGCAUGUCUGCUGGAGAGUUGAGGCAGAGACAGGAGCUGAUGAUGAGGAACCAAAUGGCCAUGGCUCCACAGAUCCUCGCCCAGGGUCAGCAGAGGUUACAAGGGGUCCCGACACAGUUCGAACAUCGAUUCAUGGAAAGGGAGCUGGUUCCUCCCAAUGAGAUGGUUGCUUCUGAGGCCAGACAGAUUCACAUGGGAUCUCAUCUUGGUCCACCGUUGACCCCUCAUGCUAACGUCCUGCCUGGGAGAGCAUUCCCUGGACCUGCUGGCUAUGGCUUCUUGCCCUCAGAACCCAUGGAAACAGUUGCCCGGCGACAGGAGCUCAUACACAAGCAAAAUAUAGCCAGAAUGGAGAUGAAUGCCAUCCUGCAUCAGAAAGAGCUGGAGAAUGCUCACCAGAAAGGCCUGAUGGGAAUUGAGAAUCCUAUGUCCUACCCUUCCAACCCCUUGCUGUUCAGAGGGCGUCAGCGCAUGCCGGACAGUCACGAUGUCUUCGUCCACCGUCCUUCCCUUGAUGAACUGCACUCCAAUAGUAUACUCAUGUCUGCCAGUCCUUAUCCACCAAUCAGCACCCUGCACAGGGAGAGGGGCCGGAGGGCCGGGAGGAGGCCCACCAUUCACAAGAGCACAGAGAGCCAUGUGUCCAAUAUGAAAGGCCAAACCGAAGAUAAAAAUGUAGAGCAAAGCCCAGAGACCACUUCAGGGGAGGAGAAGGACAUUGAGCCUAAGGGAGACAUGGGAGAAGAGUGCACCACCAGUAAGACACACCAUCAAACCAAAAUAGACUCUGAACUCCCCACGGGAAGCAGAAAGAACUACAAAGAGGGGGAGGCAGGCCUACGCAAGGCCUGUACGACCACCCAGGAUAGCUGCUCAGAUGUGGCCAACGGCGGCGCAAAUGACAAAGACAUGUCCAGCCAAUGUUCUGCUUUCCAGGAGAAAUUCGUGUUUCCGUCCACUGGUGGAGCUCUGGCAGGGAUGCCUUAUAUGUACCCCGUCCCUGGAAAUGGUUUCCUGCCUCCUGGUCCAUCAAAUAUCUUUCUAAACGGCGAAGAGGCACCUGAAGAUAUAAGGAAGUGGACAGUGAAUGACGUUUACAACUUUAUCAACAGUAUACCCACGUGUUCAGAAUACGCUCAGACGUUCAAGGACCAUAUGAUUGAUGGGGAGACGCUGCCGCUCUUGUCAGAGGAACACCUACUGGACACACUGGGGCUCAAACUGGGACCAGCUCUGAAGAUCCGCUCACAGGUGUCCAAGCGCCUGGGCAGCAUGAUGUACAUGAUGAACCUGCCGCUCUCCAACGCCACUCUGCAGGCCACUCCUGAGAAGCCUGGAGAUCGCUCCCCAGAGAUCGGCUCCCCAGUUAACUGCAACAGUGAGGACAUGGCAGCGAGUCCAAGAGACCCUGAUGUCCUCAAAUCCAUUGAGCACCUCCAUGAGACAGAAAAUAAUUCACCCCCAUCGGCCAGCAGUGAGACGGCCUGAUGACUUAACAACAUGGACAAAGAAAACUGAACUUCAAAAAUGAACUCUUGCUGCUUUGGCAGUGAAUAUAUUUAUAUUGUGAUUCACUGGAUUUAAGAUGAUUUUUUUUUUUUUAUUACAUAAAUCCAACACAAUGCCCAGAUGUGGGCGAAAUAUUUGUAUUAAGUACAUAUUUUUUAAGAACAGCUUUGGAUUCAAACUAGUGUGAAUUUUGACAUAUGACACAUACAGUAGAAGGGCCUGUAUCACUUUUCUUCAUUUUCAUCUUCUCUGAUUGUAGCUUUCUUAGUUUUGAAACCAUGAAGCAUCAUUUUUUUGACAUGGACUGACAUAAAGGCAAUAGAAAUCCUACUGAAAGCAUUUAACAAUCAAACAAUGACAUAUUUAUUUGUUCUCGGUU